AUGACUUCUUCAAUCCAUGAGCUUUCUGAUAACAUUGGAAGUCACGAGAAGCAAGAACAGAGAGAUUCUCAAAUCCAAAUCCAAAUCCAACCACCAAUUCCUCCAGGAAGAAAUUCUGAAUCACUUGCAACCACUUUAGUCUACUCGGAACAGCUUCCUCACUCCAUGGCACCUGGACACUACCCAUAUCCAGAUCCUUACUACAGAAGCGUCUUUGCACCACAUAGUGACGCACAAGCGUAUCCUCCACGGCCUUAUGCUGGGGUACAUUUACAGUUGAUGGGAGUGCAGCAACAAGGUGUUCCUUUACCAUCUGAUGCAGUUGAGGAACCUGUUUUUGUCAACGCAAAGCAAUACCAUGGAAUACUGAGACGAAGGCAAUCUAGAGCCAAACUUGAAUCUCAGAAUAAAGUUGUCAAGUCACGUAAGCCGUAUUUGCAUGAAUCUCGGCAUUUGCAUGCGAUAAGACGACCAAGAGGGUGUGGCGGUCGGUUUCUUAAUGCCAAGAAGGAAGACGAGCAUCACCAAGACACUCAUCAUGAAGAAAACUCCAACCUUAGGUCUGGUCAAUCCGCCAUGGCUGCUUCUAGUGGUACAUCUUGA